GCAUCGUUAACUUAUUCUACAGUUGAUGGAGCUGCAGCAGCUCCUGCUGACUUUACUACCACCAGUGGUACACUGACUGUCACUGACGAUAAUCCAGUCCAAUGUGUCAGCAUCGCAAUCAUUGAUGACAUUGACGAUGAGGAGGACAGUGAAUGUUUUGCCUUCACUGUCUCUGUCGUUACUGCCUUGGAAGGAGUGUCAUUGGGAACAUCACAAGCUACCAUCUGCAUCACUGAUAAUGAUGCUACUGAUGUGACUAUGGGACUGAGUCAGACAAUAUAUUCAGUACAGGAAGAAGACAGCUUUGCUUUGGUCUGUACAGCAGUUAUCUCUGGAAGCACUGCUGGUAGAUCAAUAGAUAUCAACUACCAAACUACUGACGGUGAUGCUCAAGCUUCAAGUGACUACAUAGCAGCCAGUGGAAACUUUGACAUGACAGACACCAACACAGUCCAGUGUAUUCCAAUAUCAAUCAUAUCAGACAGUGUCACUGAAACUGACGAGGAAUGCUUCACAUUCACCAUAUCAACCACUUCCACUUCUCCUGGCCUAAUUGUUAGCCCGACCACUGCCACCAUCUGUAUUAGAGAACCAGAAGAAGUUGGCCUUGAGCCAGUAACUAUUGGACUGAAGCAGUCGUUUUACUCCACACUGGAAGGUGAAGGACUAGUGGAGAUCUGUGUUUCAGCUGUAUUCGGCGACUUCAGUGGAAGCAAUUUCACCAUUAACUACACCACUGCUGAUGCUCAAGCAGAAGCUCCUAGUGACUAUGUGGCAGUGAGUGGAUCGGUUGAGAUAUCAGAGUCACAGACUUCCCAGUGUGUCUCAGUCUCUACUGUGAUUGAUUCAGUGGAGGAAGGGGAAGAGUGUUUCCUGGUCAGCUUUUCCUCCUCUUCCUCUGACUUCACCCUCCAGUCUCCCAGUGUGGCCACUGUCUGCAUCAGAGAUGCACCAACAGUCACUCCAGUCAGUAUCGGUCUUCAGAUGACAGAGUACUCAGUUAUAGAGCCUGAGGACUAUCAGUUUGUGUGUGCUGAGGUUCAGUCAGGAGAUGUGGCUGGGAGAGAUAUUGAGAUUGACUUUGUUGUUGAGGAUUCAGAUGGUGCUAUGACUCAGAAUGGAACUCUGCUGUUCACUGAUGAUGCCACCAUACAAUGUGUGGCAGUGUCAGUCUCAUCUGUCAGUGCUGGCUCCACUGAUGAGUCUUGUCUCACUCUCACUCUCUCUCCCACCACCACUGUCACUGGCCUCACCAUCAGUCCUGAUGUAGCCACUGUGUGUGUCACUUCUGCAGAUGAUGGAGACACCUCAGUCAUUGUUGGUAUAGAGCAAGGAUUCUACUCAGCUAAGGAAAAUGAUGGGCCUAAACAGAUAUGUGUUGAAGCUGUAUCUGGUGAUAUAAAUGGCAGGAAUAUCUUAGUUGACUUCAUGACCAUUGACGGAUCUGCAAAAGCUCCUGGUGACUUUGCCAGCACUAGGGGAACUCUACAGCUCACUGAAUACAACUCUGUGCAGUGUGUCAACAUAUCAAUUGAAAAUGACAAUGAAGAUGAGCAGGAACAAGAGUGUUUUGUAUUUACAAUCACAAGCAUGGCACUGGAAGAUGUUGUGUUAUCUACAGCUAGUGCUACAAUUUGCAUCUUUGAUGACGAUGCCACUCAGGUGACAGUUGGAUUGCAGGAUAUAUCAUAUGAAGUUGUGGAAGAUGAUAGGUUUGUCAUAGUGUGUACAGCUGUUCUAUCUGGUGACACUGCUGGAAGGACAAUCAUUACUGCCUAUCAAACAUCAAAUGGCAAUGCCAUUGCUUCAGACGAUUACACAGCAGUCAGUGGAAACUUUGACAUGACAGACACCAACACAGUCCAGUGUAUUCCAAUAUCAAUAAUAUCAGACAGUGUCACUGAAACUGACGAGGAAUGCUUCACAUUCACCAUAUCAACCACUUCCACUGCUCCUGGCCUCACUCUCAGUCCUACAUCUGCCACCAUCUGCAUCAGUGACCAACAAGAAGGAGUGACUGUCGGACUUCAGCAGUCGUACUACAUGACUGUGGAAGGAGAAGGACCAGUAGAGAUUUGCCUUGGUCUUCUCUCUGGAGAUAUAACUGGCAGUACCUUCAUUAUUGACUACAACACUAUCAAUGGCCUUGCUGAAGCUCCAUUGGACUAUGUGAUGCAAAGUGGAUCUCUUACAAUAUCAGAGGCACAAACUUCAGACUGCCUGUCGAUAUCUAUUGUGGCUGAUGUUGUAGAGGAACCUGAUAUGGAGUGUUUCGUAGUCAGGUUUUCUUCGACAGCCUCUGGUCUCAAUUUGUCUCCAAGUAUUGCCACUGUGUGUAUAAACGAAGGGCCAAGAGCUGUGCUGUCACUUAUGCCACCAGUUGUUUUGGAGGGUCAGACAGCCCAGGCAUGUCUUUCCCUCACAAGACUAGAUAGACUCUCAGAGACUGCUAACAUCACUCUUUCAACUACUGGGGUUGGAUCCACAGCAACUGGCGGUUCAGACUACAUUGCUGCAAGUCAAGAGUUCCAGAUUGGCUCUGGAAUAGCUGAGACUCAAGUGUGCCUUCCAGUCAUGACGCUAGAGGAUGAGCUUGUGGAGGACCCAGAGACACUCUCCGUUGUUGUCACUGGACUCACUGCCGGGGUAUCUUUUACUGGAUCUCCUGCCACUCUUCUCAUACACAGCAAUGAAGCUGUGUACUAUCAGCUUGUGGAAACAGUAUACGCAGUACAAGAGAACAUUAGCUCCUUCCAAGUCACAGUGGAACUCGCACCCAGCAGUGGAGACCUGCUGGAAGAUGUAACUCUGUAUGUGUCCAGUGUCGGGGGAUCGGCCAUGGAAUUAUUGGACUACCGAGCACUAGACUCAAUUCCACUCGUAUUUGCUGCUGGUUCGACGUCCGGGGACAGUUUGAGAUUCUCUGUUGAGAUAGUAGAUGACUCGCUGGUUGAAGGCAGUGAACAGUUCUUGGUCACGGUAACUGACUCUACAGCUUCAGCUAUACCUGUGGCUGGACAAGACACACUAUCUGUUGCCAUCAUUGACAAUGACUUUGAGAUUAAUGCUGGUUUUGCUGUCUUGGAAUACACUGCUGAAGAAGGAGUUGGACUGCUGGCAGUGUGUCUUGAAGUGUUUGGGCUGGACACACUCUCUCAAGCUAGUCUCGUCAGAAUUACAACUGUUCCUGGAACAGCAGAAGCCUCAUUGGACUAUGCAAUGUUGGACACAGUUGUGGUAUUUCCUAGUGGUUCUACCAGUGGAGACAUGCAGUGUAUUAACGUGACUAUACUGGAUGACGAUGUCAUUGAGGGAACUGAAACAUUCACUCUGCAAGCUUCUACUGUGGAGGCUACAUCUCUCAUCGCCAUUGACCCAUCAUUGUCAGAAACUACAGUCUCCAUUGCUGACAGUGAAAUGGUGAAUUUCAGGAUUGUGAGUCCAUCCAGAGUCAGUGAAGACAUUGGUCGGGUUGAGGUGUGUGUGGAACAGAUGAAUGGGGAACUGGGGGAAGAGAUCCAGGUCAAUGUCAGGACCACUCCAACAGGAACCAAUGCAUCUGUAUCAGAUUAUGAGUCGACUCAGUUCCAACUGGCCUUCCCUGCUGGUGUCAGAGGCCCUCGUUCGAAGUGUGGGGCCAUCACAGUCACUGAUGAUCUACUGGUGGAGGGAGAUGAGAGCGUGGCACUGAUGGCUGGCUUUCUCCAGAGCUCAUCCAGGAUCAGCCUUGUCAGCAACACAGCUUCUAUCAUUGUCACCGAUAAUGAUUAUGUGAUAUAUGGCUGGGAGAACCCAGAGUAUAAGGUGGUGGAGGACUCUGAAUCACUGGCUGUUCAUUUGUGCCUCGUACCUGAGAGUGGAACUCUCACCUUCCCAGUUGAAAUCUCCGUCACCAGCAUACCCAUCUCUGCCACUGAGGGAGAGGAUUACGAGAGAGUGAGUGAGAGUGUCCUGAUGGAAGCUGGGUUCAAGCCCGGUGCCUGCUCGCCACUUACCCUCUCAGUCAUCAAGGACGGAGUGCUGGAGAGUGAUGAGACAGUCCAGCUCUCUGCUACCGACACCAGCAGUCGUGCAAUCCCAUCCUCCAACAAUGGCGCAACUACUCUCAUCACCAUAACUGACGAUGACAGUGCAUGUCGUCAGGAACUGGAGGCUGCGAGGUCGAGUGACUGCGGCCAGUCUGCAUCAUCCUCAGCCAACUCUGCAGGGGUUGGAGGAGGUGUGGUCGGAGGAUUUGUGGCAGGGGUGUUGAUUACCAUUGUCCUUGCCGUCAUCAUACUAUUCCUUAUUGGAUGGAAAUGGUAUACUCUCCUUUUUGUAGUGUGUUCAUGUUGCACAUGGACCUGGUCACAUCCAGCACCAUGCAUGGUUGUUGGGCACACAGACCUGACCAUAUCUUGCAUUUUUGUUAGCUUAGAGGCACUAGGCCACAAUUAAUGCUACUGAUGUGGGGAAAUUGGAAUCUGCAUUGAAUCAGUUCAAAAUAGCUUUCAACGAGUGA